UCUGAUUCCAUCACUGAUUUAAGGAUUGUAGUGAUAACCUUUUGAAGGUAUCCAAUCUAAUGAGUAGAGAAGAAGCCAUGCAAUGUGACUUAACUUCAUUUUAGCUAUUGAAUUAAACUUCUUUUCAAAAUGAACACAAAACAAGCCAUGCAGCCACCCGAAUUCCCAACCUAAUAGAAACGAAGAAGAUUAACAUCAUGAUCAGAAAAAGAAUAGGCACAACCACCCCAAUUCCCAACCUCGUAACCCUCAAACAAAUCCACGCUUUGAUAAUCAUCAACGGUUUCGACACUUCCUCCAACGUUGUCUUCCUCAGAAACCUCGUAUUAACAAUCGCCACCUCACUUGUGGGUCCCAUUGCAACUCCAACGGUCACAAACUAUGCACACCAACUAUUUGCCCAAAUUCCCGAACCAGACACAUUCAUGUGGAACGCCAUGAUUCGUGGUUCCUCUCAGAGCCCUGAUCCUCUACGAGCUAUCUCAUUGUAUUCUCAAAUGCACCGAUGUUUUGUUAAACCUGAUAACUACACUUUCCCUUUUGUUCUCAAAGCAUGUACUAAGCUUUUCUGGGUCAAUACUGGUUCAGCGGUUCAUGGCAGGGUUUUGAGAUUUGGGUUUGGAUCAAAUACGUUUGUGAGGAAUGCCCUUUUGGUUUUUCAUGCUAAAUGUGGUGACUUGAAGGUAGCAACUUCACUUUUUGAUGAUUCUUGUAAGGGUGAUGUGGUUGCUUGGUCUUCACUUAUAGCUGGUUAUGCGAAACGUGGAGAUUUGAGUUAUGCGCGGAAACUAUUUGAUGAAAUGCCUGAAAGAGACUUGGUGUCGUGGAAUGUGAUGAUUACUGGGUAUGCUAAGCAAGGGGAGAUGGAGAAUGCAAGGUUGCUUUUUGAUGAGGCUCCGGUUAGAGAUGUUGUUAGUUGGAACGCGGUGAUCGCGGGUUAUGUGGUUUGUAACUUGAACCAACAGGCUUUGGAGUUGUUUGAUGAGAUGAGUAGAGCUGGGGUUUGUCCGGACGAGGUGACUUUGUUGAGUUUGUUGUCUGCUUGUGCUGAUUUGGGGGAUUUGGAAAUUGGUAAAAAAGUACAUGAUAAGGUUAUGGAAAUUAGUAAGGGAAAGUUGAGCACGUUGUUAGGGAAUGCAAUUGCUGAUAUGUAUGCUAAAUGUGGAAACAUUGAUGAAGCACUUCAUGUGUUUCGGUCAAUAAGAGAUAAAGAUGUGAUCUCGUGGAACUCGGUCAUUGUUGGUUUGGCUUUUCAUGGACAUGCCGAGGAAUCACUUGGCUUGUUCAAGGAGAUGCUGAGGACUAAGAUUUGUCCGAAUGAUAUAACUUUUGGUUGUGUUUUGGCAGCAUGUAGUCAUGCUGGUAAAAUUGAUGAGGGUUAUAAGUAUUUUGAUCUCAUGAGAAGUGAAUAUAAGAUUGAGCCGAACAUUAGGCAUUACGGGUGUAUGGUAGACAUGCUAGGACGCGCUGGACUUUUAAAGGAAGCGGUUAAGUUCAUCGAAUCCAUGAAAAUUGAACCUAAUGCAAUUGUUUGGAGGACUCUGCUCGGAGCUUGUAAGGUUCAUGGAGAUGUGGAAUUGGCAAAAGUGGCUAAUGAGAAACUUCUUAGAAUGAGAAAGGAUCAGAGUGGUGACUAUGUGUUGAUGUCAAACUUAUACGCAUCGCGAGGUCAGUGGGAUGGGGUUGAGAAGGUAAGAAAGCUAAUGGACGAUAGCGGUGUGACGAAAAGCCGCGGCUCUAGCUUUGUUGAAGCAUGAACAUUGUUUAAUGUCACAAUUUUGCAGAAAAUUACAGUAAUGCAAACAUUGAAUAUCAAACAAAUAGGUAAACGUAAACAUGAUACAUUAAUAGUAUAAAAUUAGAUAUCUCUCA